AUGUCGCCCGAGAACUCAAACUCAUGUUAUUCUCAGUCACAAAUCAGCUGUCAACCCACUUUCCUUCCGCACCCAGAUCCCGAACUGUGCCCGCCCACGCACGAGUCAGGAUUUGAUUCUGCUUAUCAUCGACGUGUAAACCCGUCUCUUGGCUCGGACUAUUCCUGGCCCUUUCAUAUUCUGGCGCCAGGUGUCAGUUCCUGCUCGCAACAACAGCAGCUACUGCCAGUCUCCCUUCCACUGCAAUCAAACACCUCGUUACCGCUGAGUACGGAGGUACCUCUCACGGCUAGUGACUUUGAAAUCGCCCUAUCGGUGAAACGCCUUGGAACCAAGCACGCUGGAAAUAGUGGCCACCAAGGAAAACCAGUCCCUGACGAAAGCACCACACGCAGUUCGGAGCUUCCAGCAUAUCCGAUGUCAGUAGCUUCAAGCCCUUAUUUGAUCGGCCUGAUGCAGCAGAACAAUGACCCCUACAUCUGGGGCAAUCGCUCUUAUCCACCCCAGCCUCCCACGGGCAACUUCAACCAGCAAAUUCCCCCUCAACAAUCAUACCCACCGACCCAAUUCCCCCAAGACUACCAACUUCCACCCGGCGGGCCGGCAUCCUAUGUACACCCUCACACCCCUCAACAAUCUUCUCCUUACCUGCCAGUGGCUUCCGGAGGCAUCCCCCGCCAGGUUCAUGCUCAGAGUCCACCUAUUGCUCCCGCCGCACGCUCAUUCCACGCGCAGUCGGCUCCUGCCGUGAUGACCGAGCAAAGUUUUGCAACAGGAUCAUCUCCAUAUAUGAUGAACCAGCCCACCUACUAUUUCCCAGAAGCACACACGAUUCCAUCAACGCACUCUUCACAUUCCUCUCCGAUCAGCCCCCAGGCUUCGUCAGUCCCCUUAGAAGGUGUCUUCCAUUCCCCCUCCGCACUCUCCUCCGGUGACUCCAGGGAACGUCCCGUGCGUGGAGCCAAUGCACGACCCCGACCACAAUGCUGGGACCAUGGCUGCGAUGGCCGUGAGUUCUCUACUUUCAGCAAUCUCCUGCGUCACCAGCGAGAGAAAUCCGGCGUCGUUGCAAAAGCGGAAUGCCCCGUCUGCGGUGCAGUUUUUACCCGCACGACGGCUCGGAAUAUCCACGUGGCACAGGGCAAGUGUAAAGGUUCCGGACGGGAGUCUUCGACGGACUAG